AUGGCGUCUCCUUCACACUUCUGCCUCCUCCAUGCCACUGUCCCCGGCGCGGAAAAGCCGCGCCUCCUUCCACCGCGCCUCUCCCCGCCGCCCCCGGCGCGCUCCCGCCCGCCGCCUCCCGGGUNGAGGCGGGCGGCCGGAGCCCGAGUAACCAGCGCGGCCCUCCGAGUUCUGGGAGCAGCGGGAGCUGCUGGGAGAGGGCCCCUGGCCGAGCGAGCUGGAGGUAUCCGGGCAGCCGCUCUCCCAGAGGCUGGUCCCCGGGUGGGACCAACGCAGAGCGCUGGGACAGGCCCCCGGAGUCCAGCCUCCAGGCCCCCAGCUGCUGGGAGAGGGGAGCGGGCCCCUGCCAAGACCCCAGGCCCAGCCUCUAUUUCUAGCCCGGGACGUGCCAGCGGGACCACCAGGCUAGGCUCCCUUGCGCAUAAGGGGCUUCGGCCCCCAGCUGAGGAACCCGUGACCAGAGGAAAAGCCCCAGAAACCCCCAGAAGGAGCGCACUGAGCGCCGGGGCACGGAGAGACUCUUCGGGGCCCUCCCCAGGCGCCCCUUCCCCAGCCACCUCCCGUCGG